UCGUUAAGCCAAGAAGAGAUAAUUCUUUUUAAACUAAUUUCAAAUUCAGUUUACUCCGUUUGUUUUACACGUAUUUAUUUAUCCUUUUAUAUAUUUUACUAUAAAUGUCAUUUAAUGUAUUACUCGUUCAUUGUAGUGUUAUAAAAAUAUAUCGAAUAAAAGGUAGAUAUAAGACACUAAAAUGAUGCAAUAAAAAUACUCCAAUUUUGCUCAGUUAACAACAGUUCAGUAUACUCUCCGUUUUUCCGUUGUGAUCUCGGUUUGAUUGGAACUAUUGUUAAAGAAUCUACACAUAGCAAGUAGAAUGAGAAAGAGAAACGACCAUUGUUUAGCUUACGGGUGGUGAUUGUGAGUGAAGAAGUAAGUAUUAAAAGUAACUCCAGCAAAUACAGCAAUGUGAAAUAAGUGAUACACAGUAAUAGUAGCAACAAUGGUAAACCAAUAGCAAACGAAAGAGAGAGAAAGAAAAACGAAUGCACAAUUGUGAUAGGAAGCGUAUUAGCAAGAUGAAAAUGAUAAAGAAAAAAGGAAAAAAGGAAGAAAGCGAACUAAAAAAAGGAAAGAAAAGCAUACACAAAAUGACCGGAUUGAACGGAGCAGAUUCCGGAAAAAUGAGGAGAACAGUGUAACUGGAGAAAGAAGGGGGAAAAAAUGAGAAGAAAAUCAUACAACAACAAUACAAAGAAAAGCUUUUCCUUUUAUUUCCACCACCUCUUGUGUAGUGGAAAAAAAGGAAAAUAAAAAACGCACAAGAAAAGCAGAAAAAUGUAUACGAAGAAAAGCUUUUGUUGGCCAUUGUAGCUUUCCAUUUGGGAAAGGGUGGUUUUUUUACGAACAACCAUAUUAAAAGCUUCUCCUUCACAUAGCAGAGGAUAGAGCGAGACAGCGCAUGUGAGCUGGUGCGUGCAGAAACCUUUUGCAGUGGCUAGUGAUGGGGAGCAAUGCCUUUUGUGGUGGGAAGUGAAUUUAACACAACCGUUGCAGCACGAACCAGCAAUAAUAAAGUGGAGGGAAGCAAGUUUUGUGCAAGAAAAUGUGUGCUCUUCAACUCACAAAUGCCUAUCAUUUUCACCGAGCCACGCCAAAUAUGUUGCAUUUUCCGUUCGGAAGCAGAAAGCAAAGGUGCUCCUUUUGAAGAAAAAAAAGAAGUACAAUAAAACAGAAAAACAACCAAGCAAAGGAAACAAUAGAAGGUUGGGGUGAGAGGGGGGGAACAAAAAAAUGGCAACAAAAGGGGUUGAAAGAAAAAGCAAAGCAGCUGUUUUCCGGUGCAAAAGACAGAGGAAGAAAGCACCGAAAUUGCGGGUGGGGAAAGCUUUUGUUAAAGGUUGAUAAGGGGAAGGGUGAGGGAGAAGGGAGAAAAAGGGCGAGGGAGGAAGCAGCAAUACAAUAGGCGGAUUUAAAGAAUGAAGAUAAAGGCGUAAUAGUGAGAAGAAAAGCGUUAUUUUUUUGCUUUUGUUCUUUGAGAAAGAAAGAGAACAAAACAAUACGCUGCCAAACGACACGCCUACUUUUUCUCUUACUCGUGAGAUAUUCCAAGAAUCUCACGCUCGCUUGUGUGAUCCUGUUCUCACUAGUAGUGAGCGAACGCACCGUUGUCUCGUUCUGGCACGAAGUUUUCGCUUCUGCGCUGUCGGAAAUGAAACAGCAAGUAGGGAUGAAAAGAAAAACAAAAGAGAACGAAAUAUCAAUUCAUACGGUUAGGUGUACGUAGGAAAGAGAAGCAAAACCAUACACAAAAGAAGAAUUGUAUCCUUCAGAAUGGGAAGAAAGCAAUGAAACAGGAGUUGAAGAAUGAAACAAAAACAAAAAAAAACCGGAUAAACAAAACCCAUGGAGUAGUGUGAGGGAAAGAGCGAAACGAACGCAAAAGGGCACACUAACACGCACGAGCCAAGCGGUGAACAAAACGGUGGAGUGAAAAGAUCGAACCUGCUCUGGGUGGUUUGCUGGUGUGGUGCAAACAUUUCAAUACGUUUCGAACUCUGGAACCGAGCGGACGCGGUCGCGUGAUCCGAGAUUUAUUCAGCAGCAAGAAAAGAAACAAAUAAAUUAAAAACGAUCUUUAUCGUUUUUUUUUGUUGGAAGAAUUGGAACAAUUUCCGGCGAGUAAUAUAGCACAAAAGUAACAAACGGUGUAACAGUUACGAUUACGAAUUCGGUGUGUUUUGUUGUGUUCUAUUUGGCAAACAUACCAAAAAAAAAAACACAUUGUGCUUGUGCCGAUAAUAAGUGUGCCAGUGAUCAUAUUGUUACGUUUUUAUAACAAUUUUUAAUAAAACAUUCCUGUUAACACGAAAGACGUGAAUUGUGAAAAGCGAAUUAUAGUUCCAGUGAUUUUUUGUGCUUUCUGUUUUGUUUGAUUUGUUCGUCUGUGCUGUUCGAUUUGUUACAAACAAAACAUUUUGUGUGUUGGCAAAAAUCAGUCUGUGUGUGUGUUCCAUUAAACGUUCGUUCGUGUGUUUAUGUGCAGAAGUGCAUGAUCAGGAUCGGUACGACGUGUAGAAACAGGCAGACACGCUGUAUUACAGUAUGAUUAAUCACCACACGAUGGCCAGCCUGGGACAUCCGCAUUACGGGUUUGCCCUGGGCAAUGGGAUGGACAUACCGCCGGCGGCAGAUUUUGCACCCCAACCACACCACAGCCCCAGCUCACCCACGGACCAUCUAGGGUUGAAGCGGGGCCUUACCUUUCCACCGUCCUCCUUGGCCGGUUUACAAGGGCACGGUGGUAUGCAUGGUGCAGCAGGAGCCCAUCACCAUCACGCUUCCCUCGGCCAGAGUGGCGGUGGUGGUGGUGGUGGAGGUGGCGGCGGUGUUAUGGGCAACGGACAAACGUCACCCGGCCAGGAAGGUCACAUCAAGCGCCCGAUGAACGCGUUCAUGGUAUGGUCCAGACUGCAGCGUCGUCAGAUUGCCAAAGACAACCCGAAGAUGCACAAUUCCGAGAUCUCGAAACGGCUCGGAUCGGAGUGGAAACUUUUAACCGAAGCCCAAAAGCGUCCGUUUAUCGAUGAAGCGAAACGAUUGAGGGCAACACACAUGAAGGAACAUCCCGACUACAAGUAUAGGCCCCGUCGCAAACCGAAGAACCCGCUAGCGAACGCUGCCAACGGGCUUGGGGCACUCGGUGCGAUGCAGCAAGGUGGCAAAGGGUCCUUGGGGUCGUCCUAUCCCUUCCCUCAGCUGCCACCGUACUUUGCACCGACCCAUCCACUGCAACAACUCGAACAACACUACCCAGUGCCGUACUUCGGUAGCUUCGAUCCCCUCACGCUGCAGAAGCUCCAUCAAUCGCAGCAAAGUGUACAGGCGGGACAUUCACCGGUCGGUGGACUCGGCGAGAGUGGAAAACAAUCGGCCGGACAGCAGCUGCCACCUACCUCGCUCAGUUCGUUCUACUCCAACAUCUACAGUGGGAUUUCGGCUGCGGCAGCAGCGGCACCACUGUAUGCCGCACACUCCAACAGCCUGUACAACACCUCGUCCACGUCGUCGGCAUCGCCCGGUUCCAGCCCGAGCGCAUCCCAAUCGACGCUGCCCGAUCUCGAGAACUCGAUGCGGCGACCAGUGCAGGUCAUCUACUGAGACGCUCAAACGCACGACGAUUAGCUAUAACAACCGUUUAGUAGUGGUGGGGCUGGGUUAGUAUAUUAUAGCAUAAAAUUAUGUGCUAUAAUUUUAUUUUAUAGUAUAUGUAGCCGGGGAAUCCGUGUUGUGUUACGAGACUGUUCUGUGAACAUCACGUGCGCUGCACGAACAUCCCUUACCCUUGGUUUUGUUUUUAGUACGAUCGGUCUUGAGGACGUCCUGGGACGUGCUGGGAAAGGGUGCUGUACAUAGUAGAUUAAUAAUGAUGCCCAAUUGCCCACGGGAGAUUUCGGUCGGAGCAUUGUUUUUAACUUAUUGCAUGAUGUUUCGGUGGUGGUGAUGGUUUGUAACCACGUGCUGCCGAAUCGAUCAGUUAGGAAAAAUUAUCUUUAUGUAAUGUAACAAACACACAAAAAAAAAGAAAAUGAAAAACAAAUGAAAGCACGGUUAAGAAGGUGCACAAAUGCUGGAGAAACACCUUCCAGAGCCGGUAAGAAACGCUACCGUAGGAACAUUAUACCUCUCGAUUUAUUAGUUUUGCAUUUUGUUGUGUUAGUUUUGUUUUUAACAAGCCCUUUCUUUCUGCAUUUUUUGUUUUGUGGGGUUCCCUUUGUUCUGUGCGCGAUCGGUAAACUACCAGGUGACCAGGGAAGGAGGUUGUUUUUUUUCUUACAAAUUUACCUGUACAUAAUUUCUGUAAAAAAAGAGAAAGAUAACCUCAAAAAAGGGAGAACAAAAAACGAAAGUAGGCGAAAAUAAGCGACAACAAAGUGAAGUGAAAUAAAUUAGGAAAUAAAAACGAAAUGAAAUACAUUCCCAAUCCAAAUCAUAAUCGAUAUGUGUACACAUCUAAUUGCUAGCUAUAGUUCUUUAAUCUCAUCGAAAAGCAAGUACAUUUCUUUUUUUCCUUUUUUCUCUGUAUUAAAUAUUGUUUCGUCUUAAAUUACAUCGUUUAAAAACAAAAUGGUUUCUUAACAUAGCCGUUUUUUGGGCUUGUUUUUUUUAUUGUUGCUUUUAGUAAGAUCGCUCGAUCACCAAUCAAUCAGCUUUACUUGUAAGAGUCUUAACUAUACUGUGCAUCGUACUGUCGUGAUCGUAUGUGUGUGAAGGAGUAAGGUAAAGCUAUUUUUGAAACAAAACGAAACAAACCUGUAAUUCUUAUCGAUGUAGUGACGUAAAGUGAGAUGUAAGGCUAUUAUUUGUUAUCUGUCAGUAUUUGAUCAUAUUGAUGCGACCAGCGUGGGAAGACGGUGAAGUGUAAAAAUAUAUAAAUCAAAAACAAAACAUACAAAAAAAACUCAAUGAAACGAAAUAAAAUUAUUUGAAAUAAAAAUAAA